UCAACCAAUCCUCCUUCAAAAUGUUUAAAUUUGUUGCCAUCUUUGCUUUCGUGGCUGUUGCCGCUGCUGCCCCAGGUUUGGUUACCGAAACCCAUCAUGUUGUCCAGCCUGUGGUGACCAAGACAGCCUAUGUUGAUAACAGUGCCUCCUCGGCCAUUACACAUCAAAGUUUCACCAAUUUGGAGAGGAAAGUACCUGUAGUCCACACCGUGGCUGCUGCUCCCGUCGUCAAGACUGUUGCCGCCGCUCCUGUAGUCCAUACCUAUGCUGCCGCUCCUGUCCUUAAGACUGUUGCCACCCCUGUUGUUCACACCUAUGCUGCCGCUCCUGUUGUCAAGACUGUGGCUGCUCCUGUAGUUCACACUUACGCUGCUGCACCAGUUGUCCAUGCCGCUCCCUUGGUGAAGACUGUUGUCUCUGCUCCCUUCCGUGAUUCCCUUGGCAUAUCAUCAGUUCCAUUUCAUUCUCAUUGUGAAAUCAAGCAAUCAACUCCACCUUUUUUCAAAAUGUUCAAAUUUGUUGCCCUCUUUGCUUUCGUGGCUGUUGCCGCUGCUGCCCCUGGUUUGGUUACCCAAACCCAUCAUGUUGUCCAGCCUGUGGUGACCAAGACAGCCUAUGUUGAUACCAGUGCCUCCUCGGCCAUUACCCAUCAAAGUUUCACCAAUUUGGAGAGAAAAGUCCCUGUGGUCCACACCGUGGCUGCUGCUCCCGUUGUCAAGACCAUUGCCACUCCAGUUGUUCAUACCGUAGCUGCUGCUCCUGUGGUCAAGACUGUUGCCGCCGCACCCGUAGUCCAUACCUAUGCUGCUGCUCCUGUCCUUAAAACUGUUGCCACCCCUGUUGUUCACACCUAUGCUGCCGCUCCUGUUGUCAAGACUGUGGCUGCUCCUGUAGUUCACACCUACGCUGCUGCCCCAGUUGUCCAUGCUGCUCCUUUGGUUAAGACUGUUGUCUCUGCUCCCGUUGCCUAUACUGCUUUCCAUUAAAUGUAAUUUAAUGG